AUGGUGUGGCUCGGUGUAUGUGCACAAGGUCUCACUGAACCUGUAAUCAUAGAGCAUGGAACCAUGAAUGCUGAAAGAUAUAUCAACGAAGUGCUUCACAUUGCUCUAAGGUCAGGUAAUCGAAUGUUGAGAGACGAUUGGACUUACCAACAAGAUGGUGCAAAGCCCCACAUCCAUAAAAUGGUUCAAAAAUGGUGUGCUGAUCAUUUUCCUUCCUUCAUAUCAAAGGAUCGUUGGCCGCCAAAUUCACUUGAUUUAUGUCCACUAGACUAUAGUUUAUGGAAUGAACUAGCUGGAUCUAUGGAUUGGCACAAAAUAGCAACAAAAGAAACACUGAUAAAUGAAAUAAAAUGUUCUGUUAAAAAAAUUGAAAAAACGAAAAUUUUACAUUCUGUACACGAUUUUACUAUACGAUUGCGUCAAAUCCAGAAAAACGGAGGAGACUAUAUUCGUUAA